UACAAAAAUGAAUUUAAUAUAGAAGUAUAUAAAAGACAAAAACCUAGUCUUCAUAAAUUGAUUCUAAUAUAAAAAGUUGACAAAAAAAAAAACCAAGAUAGUACAAUGACAAUCAUAGUCAAUAGAUUGAGUUUUCAAAAAAAAAUUCAAAAAAAAAAAAAAACUGAAGACGUAUGACGAGCGAGAGUGCUACAUCUCCGGCGAUUCGGCCUCCGCAGGUGGAGCAGCCACCGCCGCAGGAGAUUCCAGUCAUCUCUGAACAUAUUUCCGCCGCUCCUCCCUCUCCGGCGGCACAAAUUACGAUGAUGGAUAUUGUGAAUAGCAACAGAAUUUUAACAGAUCAACUGGUUGUUGAAGAACCAUCCUUUUACAAGUAUCUGGAUAGCGAUGAGUAUGCUGAGAAGUAUCGAAGAUAUGAAGCUGACUUUAGGAAGUAUCUCAUGGAUAAGCACUUCUCUCAAGUGGAUGAAUAUGAGGAGACAACAACAAUUGAUGGUGAAACCAUUUGUUCAAGCGUGUGGCCUUGUGCACGUUGGUAUGCAGACCCGGAUGCUUCGUUUCUAGACCCGCCACAAUGCAUCGAAGAAGAAGAAGAAGAUGAAGUAGAAGAAAUGGAAGAAGUAGAAGAGGUUGAAGAAGAAGUUGAAGAAGUAGGAGAUGUAGAAGAAGAACAAGAAGAGGUCAUUGAUUCAGCUUCUGCAGAGAUACCCAAUGGUGAAAUCUCCAAUGGAGGUACUGUCUUAGAGGAUACUUGUGAUGUUGGCAAGAAACCAGAUAUGCCCAUUUAGUUUUUUUGUUCUGUUUUUGGUGUUAACAAUGUUUGUUGAACCUUUUGCUUAAGUUGAUUUGCUUCUUUAGACCAAUCAUGUGAAACAAGUAGAUAUUAAACAAUAAUAGCUACUGCAUUGUUGUUAUCCAUUAUCU